AUGACGGAGGCAUUGACGAGCAUUCAGCUCACAUCGCUCCCCAGGAUCUCCCAGGGCAAAGUCAGCGCCUAUGACGUCAUCCUCAAAAAUGGUAUUCCCACAAAGGGCGCCAUCCUAACCCUUUUGUCGGCCAAAUGGUUCGAGGUGCUCUCCUCCCGCGUGCCAGGCCUGAAGCACCACUUUCUCCACCUGGGCCCUCCUCCGGCCUCCGGCCUCUCUCAGGAGGAGCAACAGAUGCUUCGUGGCCGCUCGAUGACUGUCCGGUACAAGGAGACCCAGACCAUCCACGGCCUGCCGCAGCCGGCCGGGUUGAAGCGCUGUGAGCGCCUCCCUAAACCCAUCUACACGCCCUCGACCAAGGCAGAGCUCGGAGACAAGGACAUCAACAUCUCGCCCGACGAGGCUAGAGGCAUCGUCGGCGACAAGUAUGCCGGUCGUCUCGAAGAGUUGGCUCUCGCUUGCUACAACGCCGGGGCUGCGUAUGCCGAGGAGCGCGGUAUCAUCAUUGUGCUAAGAAACUGGCUGACUGACAAUGGUCUGAAGGGCAAGCCGGACGUCGAGAUGCCGCCCGAGGUUGUCGAAAAGACCAAGGGCCGGUAUACUGAGGUGUUCAAGCUUAUGACAGGAGAGAGCUUGGAAGAUGUGCUGAAGGCGGCAAACUAA